AUGGGAGAAUACAAUACCCCAAACCCAGUAAACUGGGUUGUAUGCUUAGCUGGUUUUUGCCUCAGCCCAGUUGUUCUGUUUUUCUUUUUAGUUGCACAACCCAGUUGUUCUUGGUUCUUUGCACCAGGCUCAGCAACAGCAGCUACAACAGGUUCAGGCUUCAGCAGCAACACAGCAGCAGGCUCAGCAGUAGCAGCAGAGACUCAACAGCAGCAGCAGCACCAUAAGGCACAGAGCAACAACAGAAACAACAGCAGCUGCAGCAGCUCAGCAGGCAGCCAACAACAGCAGCAACAGCAGCACCAGGCAGCCAGCAACAACAUCAAGUCAGGCAGCAACAGGCCAGCAACAAGGUGGCAAGCCCAAUGCCCAGUUGUUCUGUUUUUCUUUUUAGUUGCACAACCCAGUUGUUCUUGGUUCUUUGCACCAGGCUCAGCAACAGCAGCUACAACAGGUUCAGGCUUCAGCAGCAACACAGCAGCAGGCUCAGCAGUAGCAGCAGAGACUCAACAGCAGCAGCAGCACCAUAAGGCACAGAGCAACAACAGAAACAACAGCAGCUGCAGCAGCUCAGCAGGCAGCCAACAACAACAGCAGCAACAGCAGCACCAGUUGCACAACCCAGUUGUUCUUGGUUCUUUGCACCAGGCUCAGCAAACAGCAGCUACAACAGGUUCAGGCUUCAGCAAGCACACAGCAACAGGCUCAGCAGUAGCGCAGAGACAACAGCAGCAGCACCAUAAGGCACAGAGCAACAACAGAACAACAGCAGAGCUGCAGCAGCUCAGCAGGCAGCCAGCCAACAAAACAGCAGCAGCAACAGCAGCAGGAGCAAAAAAAUAG